CCACAAACAAUUCCACAACAGCCUCUCCUAAUUACACAACAGGGAACAACACAACUGCUGCCACCCACAAUUACACGACAGCCACCAGCAGUUCCACAACAGCCUCUCCCAAUUACACAACAGGGAACAACACAACAACUGCCACUAAUAAUUACACUACAGCUACACACAAUUACACAACAGCCUCUCCCAAUUACACAUCAGGGAACAACACAACUGCAGCCACCAACAAUUCCACGACAGCCACCAGCAGUUCCACAACAGCCUCUCCCAAUUACACAACAGGGAACAACACAACAACUGCCACUAAUAAUUACACUACAGCCACACACAAUUACACAACAGCCUCUCCCAAUUACACAACAGGGAAUAACACAACUGCAGCCACCAACAAUUCCACAACAGCCACCAACAAUUACACAACAGGGAACAACACAAAUGCUGUCACCACCAAUUACACGACAGCCACCAACAAUUAUGCAACAGGGAACUACACAACUCCUGCCACCAACAAUUACACAACAGCGAACAACACAAAUGCUGUCACCACCAAUUACACGACAGCCUCUCCCAAUUACACAACAGGAAACAACACAAUUGUAGCCACCAACAAUUACACUACAGCCACACACAAUUACACAACAGCCUCUCCCAAUUACACAACAGGGAACAACACAAUUGCUGCCACCCACAAUUACACUACAGCCACCAGCAUUUCCACAACAGCCUCUCCCAAUUACACAACAGGGGACAACACAACUGCAGCCACCAACAAUUACACUACAGCUACCAACAAUUACACAACAGGGAACAACACAAAUGCUGUCACCACCAACUACACUACAGCCACACACAAUUACACAACAGCCUCUCCCAAUUACACAACAGGGGACAACACAACUGCAGCCACCAACAAUUACACUACAGCCACCAACAAUUACCCAACAGGGAACAACACAACUGCUGCCACCACCAAUUACACAACAGCCUCUCCCAAUUACACAACAGGGAACAACACCAUUUCUGCCACCCACAAUUACACUACAGCCAACAGCAAUUACACAACAGGCGCUCCCAAUUACACAACAGGGAACAACACAACAACUGCCACUAACAAUUACACUACAGUCACACACAAUUACACAACAGCCUCUCCCAAUUACACAACAGGGAACAACACAACAACUGCCACUAACAACUACACUACAGCCACACACAAUUACACAACAGCCUCUCCCAAUUACACAACAGGGAACAACACAACUGCUGCCUCCAUCAAUUACACAAUGGCAUCUCCCAAUUACACAACAGGGAACAACACAACUGCAACCACCAACAAUUACACAACAGGGAACAACACAACUGCUGCCACCAACAAUUACACAACAUCCUCUCCCAAUUACACAACAAUGAACCACACAACUGCUGACACCAACAGUUACACAACAGCUUAUCCCAAUUACACAACAGAGAACAACAUAACUGCAGCCACCAACAAUUACACAACAGCCAUAAACAGUUACACUACAGCCUCUCCCAAUUACACAACCGGGAACAACACAACGGCAACCACCAACAAUUACACAACUGUCUACACCAACUUCACAACAGGUAACAACACAACUGCAGCCACCAACAAUUACACAACAGCCUCUGCCAAUUACACACCAGGGAACAACACAACUGCUGCAACUAACAAAUCCAUAACAGCCUCUCCCAAUUACACAACAGGGAACAACACAACUGCAGCCUCCAGCAAUUACACAACAGCCUCUCCCAGUGACACAACAGUUAACAACACAACUGCAGCCACCAGCAAUUCCACAACAGCCUCUCCCACUUACAUAACAAAAAACAAUGUAACUACAGCCAGUCAAAAUUACACCACUUCUACCAAUUACAUGCGAAACAACAACGUGACUACAGCUGCCCACAAUUUCACAACAUCCUCACCCAAUGACAUGACAGAGAACAACACAACUGCAACCACCAACAAUUACACAAUGGUCUCUCCCACUUACAUGACAGAUAACAAUGUAACUACAGCCAUUAAAAAUUACACCACAAUAUCUACCAAUUACAUAACAAACAACAAUGUGACUACAGUUGCCAACAAUUACACAACACCCUCUAACAGUAACACGACAGGACAUAAUAUACCCACAGUCACCAGUAAUUACUCAACAGCCACAAACAAUUACACAGCCACUUCAGCCAAUUACAUAACAGAGAACAAUGUAACUGCAGCCACCAACAGGAACACAACCGUCACAAAUAAUCACACAACAGCCACAAACAACUACACAUCAGUCUCUCCCAAUUACACAACAGUGAACAAUUUAACUACAGUUUCUAACAACCACACAAUGGUUGAGAAUACGACAAUUACAGUAACUGCUGCAUCCACCAGGACAACACAACAGAACACAACAGCUCUUUACAAAAACACAACUGUGUCUACUGUCUCUUUGGCCAAUGUAACUGUAAAUAAUGCAACAACAUACAUGACUUAUGUUGGCAACAACACCACAAAACCCACAACAGCCCCGCUAAACAACCAAACCACAAAUCACACUACUCCUAGUGGGACCCACAGUGCCACAACAUCCACCAACAAUGACACCAGUGCCACCACGGCUGCCAGUGGCAAUGUAACGUCUGGAGUCAGCUUCAACCAGAGUACAACCACAAGCAGAUUAUCCACCAACUCCACUCUUGCGACAACCGACCCGAGAGUUAAUUUUACAUCUACAGCCGCUAAUGCUUCUGCUACAACCGCAACCACCACUAUUACCACUACUACAACAAAUGGUCCACCUGGACCUGAUAUGAACACCACUGCUGCUGAGGUGUCCGCAACAACCGGCGCAACUGCUACCACCACCAGGACAACUGCAACCAGGUCUCCUGAGACAUCCACAACAUCUGCAAUAACAGCUACCACCAACAGGACAACUACAACCAGGUCUCCUGAGGCAUCCACAACAUCUACGAUCACUACGAAAACCACAGCAACAGUGAUCGGCACAGGGACUUCUGUUACAACAGUUGCAGAGACAACUUUAUCCCAAAAGGAACUAGAAACGCUAGCAGAUGAGCUGAUGGACCAAACACAGGACGUGUCACAGCUGACCUCCUCUCGGAUGGCGGAUUUGGUCUGGGAUUUGGAGAAGCUAAUAGAGGGCCCCACUAUCUCUCAGUCAGUGGGACAAAAAAUCCUCAACAUUAUCAGCAACCUAUUGGAAGGAGACCCAGCAGUUCUUUCUUCCUUUGCUAACAGACUGAUUGAAAUAGUGGAUAUUGUGGGUGUGAAGCUGGUUGUAUCUGGAGCCAAAGCCUCUGGAGUCAGAGCAUCUGGAGACAGAGUGGUCCUCUCUACAGAGUCACUGGUUCUGGCCGUCAUGACAGUGGACACUACCAAUUUUCCAGCAACAUCUGUCGACAUCUUCGACACCGAUAAUGUCCAGCUCCAUGAUCACAGCAGGAGCCGGGUCAAGAGGUCAGAUUCUCCUGCUCUGGGGUCCGUGUACUUGCCGUCCACCCUUACCUCAGGUCUUAGUCCUGAGCAGCAAAAAAAGGCCAGCAGGGUCCAGUUCACUUUCUACACCAAAAAUACCCUUUUCCAGGAUGAAUCGCUGGAGAACACGACCCUUGUCGGUCCGGUUCUGGGCUCCAGUGUCUACAAUUUGUCGAUAAGCAACUUGUCUGAGGACGUACAGUUUACCAUCCGGAACAUCGACCCAGUACCGGAAAACUACUCGGCCUCCUGCGUGUUUUGGGACUUCUCUCUGAACGGUGACAAAGGAGGCUGGAGCGCCGCCGGGUGCUUUGUUGUCAGCGACACAGCGGAGGAAACCGUCUGCAGCUGCAACCACCUGACUUCAUUUGCAAUAUUGCUGGAUUUACCCAGAGAAGGAAUCCUUAGCCGCGAGCAUGCACAAAUCCUCACUUUCAUCACCUACAUCGGCUGUGGAAUCUCCGCCAUUUUUCUCGCCUUCACUUUGCUGACGUACCUUCUAUUUGAUAAAUUGCUCCGGGACAUUCCGUCCAAGAUCCUGGUCCAGCUCUGUAUGUCCCACUUACUCCUCAACCUCGUCUUCUUACUGGACGGCUGGCUGGCGCUGUACCCUGCGGUCGGACUGUGCAUAAGCACCGCCUUCUUUCUGCACUACUUCCUGCUGACGACGUUCACCUGGACGGGACUGGAGGCGGUGCACAUGUACCUGACCAUCGUCCAAGUCUUCACACCUUACAUGAGCAGAUACAUGCUCAAGUUCUCGCUGAUGGGCUGGGGUAUUCCUCUCCUCAUUGUGAUCAUCAUAAUAGCCGUUAAUAAAGACAACUACGGUGUGGUCACAUAUGGACGAUACACAGAUGGCACCUCAGAUGACUUCUGCUGGCUGCGCAACGACAUCGUCUUCUAUGUGGGCGUGGUGGCGUACUUCCUCCUGAUCUUUGUCGUGUGCUUCGUGGUCUUCGUCGUCGUCAUGGUCCAGUUGCACCGAAUCAAGAGGCAGAACCCUCACAACCAGCCGGCGAACCGGGGUCUGCUGGCCGACGUGCGCAGCGUCACCGGCCUCGUGGUUCUGCUCGGCCUCACGUGGGGCUUCGCCCUCUUCGCCUGGGGACCCGCCUACAUCGCCUUCGUUUACCUCUUCACCAUUUUCAACUCUUUUCAAGGUUUCCUGAUCUUUGUCUUCCACUGUGCAAUGAAGGAGUCGGUGCGCAGGCAGUGGAGGACUUACCUCUGCUGUGGGAGACUGCGAUUGGCUGAAAACUCAGACUGGAGUCGAACGGCUACGCAAAACCAUAGGAACGUGUCUCUGACCACGGUGAUCACCUCAGCUGCUUUCUCCACCUCCCGAAGCUCCUCCGUCACCACCAACUCCAGUGGCUCAGUGUUUGCAGACAGCGGCAUCUCCGAGGGCUCCAAUAGCGACGUCGUCCAGAACGAGCUCCACAGACGAACUCUGUCAGAGGAGAGCGAGGAGUGACGGCCGUGUCAAGAUGUUUCGCUCGUAAUGACCAUAAUUAUCCAACCGCUCACUAAGCUGUGAGGACACAGAGACGGGAGGUCUCUAACCCUAACGACACCAGAAAAAAAAAAAAAACUAAAAAAAAAACCCCAUCUUUAAUUACAAGAGUGAAUCUUUGCAGGCUUCAAAGAAUUCCUUGCUGAUCGGCGAAGGACGCGGGAUUGUCCGAGGACUGACUGAAGACUGAAGUUGCUCAAAUUUUUACUUGAUACAGACAUUGACGAGGGAGGACUCGCCUAGUAUUUCUGAGUCAUUUCCGCUUUCAUUGCUGUGAACAUUCAGCGUGUGAGCUAUUUACGUCGACGCGUUAAUGAAUAUCCGUUGCUUUUUUUAAUCGACCUCCAAGAGCGAGACUUUCAACAUUGCAUUCGUUCUUGUCUGUGGGACAAUUUAACUGUCUUUCAACAGUUGGUGUUUCUUCCUUGUGAAGAGAAUAUGCUCUUUUUUAAUAUAUAUAUACAUAUGCGCCAUCAUGUACAGACAUUAUUACAUUUGCAGAGUUUAUCCUCUAGAUUUAGAGAUAUUUAAGCACUUUUAUGAAGAAUCUCUGCCUUUAACUCUGUGUAUUGAAGGAAAACUUUGUCUUUUUAGACGAGUAUAUGACAGUUUAUUCCUCAUUUAUGGUCAGAUACUGUUUUAUUUUUGCUACUGUACAGUGUUUUUUUUUUGUUAGAUUUUUAUGAAAUAUAUUUUUUUAGGCAGAAGGAAAAUACUUUUUUUUAUUAUUGAGGACAAAUGUCCUUGUGGAAGAACGCGUGUGUGCCAUGAAGGAGGAGGAGGAUAAUAAUAAUAAAACGUUCAAUUCAU